AGUUUAGUAGUGGCAAGAACCAGUAGACGGCGUAUACACAGCUGCUCCCUCCCAUAGUUCAUUUUCCAGCCGCCUCGGGCGCUGCAAUCGACGAAGCGAGGUCAUGCCCCCUUCUCCCCGGGCUAACUCCGAAAGGACAGCAAUGCCUUGCUGCGAUUUAGAUGCGGAUGGGGUAGAAACAGAAACGGCUAUGUUGACGGCACUUUUCGAUCCCACAGAAUGGCCUCCUCUUUUAAAUCUUAUGGAUAACGCUACCUCUGCAGCAGCAACCAUGUCUGAAAUUCCUGAAGGUUUGUCGAAAAUUGAACAGAGGAGAAAGAGGACAAACGACUCGGAAACUAAUGAAAUUCAUCAUAAGAGAACACGUUUAACAUCCAACGAUAAACAAACAUCCGAAGACGAAAUGGAAUCAUCUGAAGAUGACGAUGAUGAUGAUAAUCAAUGGGAGAGAAGAAAUUUAGAGGAGAAGAGAAACAUUCUUAGGAUUUCUGUUUACAAGAUGAGAGUUAUUGAAGACCCCGAAAUUUUCCUAAGACGUUCUGUUCUUAUUCAUAAUACAAUACGUCGCCUGCAAGUGGAUAUGGAUCAAGAUCAUUUUAUAGAAUCCACUCAAAACUUUGUAGCUAAGGAGAUCGAAGUUAAAACCGAAGGAUCUAUCGAAGGAGAAAAUAACUGUCUCAUAGGCUUUAUGGGAUAUCAAGAUCAUCCUCGAGAAGAACUAGAUCAAGAUAAUACCAAAGAAUUUUCGAAUGACAUGGCAGAUUAUACUGACGACGAUUCAGAUGAAGAUGAAGAAGAGGAAGAAGAACUGUGUAGUACCAAAGAUUAUCACGACGAUAGAUUAAGUCCUAAAGAACCGACAGGAGACGUAGAAGAAAGGUUAACAACUGGUUGCUUAUGUUAUUCAGAUAGUUGGUGUAGGCAAGAUUGUAAUAGAGACUGUUCGGGUACUAGGAGAGAAAGCAAUCAAUGUGCUACCGAAUAUAGAACUGUAAGAAAUAAUAAUCAAGGGGAAAGUGUCUUCGAUUCUGUAGUGUAUCAAAGUCUGUUGGUGUCGCUGGAAUCUUGAAAGAAGCUUGUUAUCCUUCUUACAUUUUCGAUAACAUGAAUAAUAAUACUGUGCGUGACCUACUUAAAGUUCUUCGAGUCGUUUCUUUUUUAUCCUCGUUGUCUUCGCCGAAAGUGGAACGUACAUGCCUUGCAGACAAGAGAGAGGGCCUUCACCUCUCUACCUGAAGCAGUUGUAAUUACCUGUCUUCGAAUAACAGUUGUACUUAAUCGUCGCUGCCGGAGGCGAAUGUUUUAGGGUUUUGUUUGUUUAUUUUGAUAUCAUUUUUGUCCACAAGUAACGGAUUAUUUCCACUUUCCUUCUUUGUGCCAAAUGGGGAUUGUCCAUUUCGUUCUGGUCUUCUCGCGUGCUCUCUAAAGUCCAAACUAUUUCCAUUUGAUUCUUUUUCUUACUUAGACAUACAGAUAAUAUAAUUCUAUUAAGUCGGUAGAAAGAAAUAUCGAAAGACAAUGUUUCAUUAGUAAGAGCAGCGAUUCAUCUCAGUGAACACGCUGCAAUACUUAAUUACUGAGAUACCUAAAAAAAAAUGCCCAUUUUUCUUCCCUUCUGAUUAUUAAAUUUAAUAAGUAAUUUAUUUCGGAAUGUCAUAUAUAAUGCAUUCACUCAAUAGAUUUAUUGUUAUAUAAAUAUACAAGACUAAUAAUAAAUCAUUUUUUCCUGCUACAAAUAUUUACAAUAGAGAAUCGAAAUGGAUAAUAAUCCAUAAUUGAUCUGUUACGUAAAAUUUCGCUUGGUCGCUGGUAUAAAAAAAUAUAUAUAUAAUAAAUAAAAAAAAAAAAGCUUAAUGUUCAGUAUGCAAUUUGCAUCGUCAUAUCUUUUUUUACUGUUUUUAGCAUCGUUUUAGAUGCGUUAUUUCUUUUUUUUUCAUAUCGUAUAUGCAUGCAUGUUUUCAGAAUUCGAAUAUUUUUUUUUAAACGUUCGAAUUAAAUCAUUCAUCAUUGCAAGUUUAAUUAACAAAAUUUGAUUAAUACUUCGUCGUGUUCGAAUUAGCAAUCGUAUGUAUGUAUCUAUUCUAUACAGUAGGGGUGGAGAUGACCUAGUCCUUGAACUUGCACCCAAAGCUGUAGAGAUGUGGGGCCGUGAUUCACGACCCCAACCACUCCUCUGGUCCUGCAGAAGGCGGCGAUUGAGGUCGAGAAAUUUUUCCCUCUAAAAAAUACAAUCUAUGUUUCUUCUAAACUUUUUUUCUAUGAGGUUAAAUGUUUUUUUUUUUUU